AUGCACCAUGGCACACAAGAAAUCAUUAGAAGCACUCAAUCGCACAUUAAAAGAUUUGAGAGGAAAUUAGCAGCUCUUGGUGGUGUACUCAUUUUGCUAGCUGGUGAUUUUAGACAAACUCUACCAGUCAUACCCCGCUCAACACUAGCAGAUGAAUUGAAUGCAUGUCUCAAAUCAUCAGUGUUAUGGCGGUAUGUGGAGAAAAUAUCUUUAAAGACCAAUAUGCGUAUUCAAUUACAACAAGAUGAAUCUUCUGAACGAUUUACAAAACAAUUGUUAGAUAUUGGGAAUGGUAAAAUAGAAAUGGACCAAUCCACACACUGUAUUACAUUACCAGAAAACUUUUGUCACAUUGUAAAAUCCACUGAUGAAUUGAUUGCAAAAAUUUUUCCAAAUUUAUCGCAGAAUUAUAACAAUAAUCAAUGGGUUAGUGAGCGUGCUAUAUUGGCAGCCAAAAACAUUGAUGUUAAUUUAAUAAACUGUAAAAUUCAAAAUGAAAUACUUGAUGAAGAAACAACAUAUAAAUCCAUAGAUACUGUUGUCAAUCAAGAUGAAUCAGUUAAUUAUCCAAUAGAAUUUUUAAAUUCAUUGGAUCUACCAGGAAUGCCACCACAUAUUUUAUCUUUGAAAAUUGGUUCCCCAAUCAUCCUUCUACAAAAUAUAAAUCCCCCGCGACUAUGCAAUGGGACUAGGCUAUCAGUAAAAAAAUUAAUGAAUAACAUAAUUGAGGCAACCAUUUUAAAUGGAAAACACCAAGGAGAACAUGAACUAAUACCACGCAUUCCCAUGAUACUAACGGAUACUAUAUUUGAAUUCAAACGUCUACAGUUUCCAGUACGACUAGCCUUUGCAAUGACCAUUAACAAAGCACAGGGACAAUCAUUGCAAGUAUGUGGAUUAAAUUUGACAAAUCCAUGCUUCUCACAUGGACAGCUGUACGUUGCGUGUUCACGAGUUGAAAAACCAUCAAAUUUAUUUGUUCUUGCACCAGAUAGGAAAACAAAAAAUGUUGUAUAUUUACAAGCACUACUAAGAUAA